AUGGACGAGGAGGCGUCUUUGUCGGAAAGCUCAAGCUCCGAGGAGCUGACUCCAAGCCCGGAUCGUACAUUUGUUUCUCCUCGAAGCCACGAUGACUCGCCCACCUCUUCAACCAUCGAGCUCACCCCUCGAGCUGCGGAGCCUCCUGCAGAUAGCCAAGUCGACGGUCAGGUCGUCAUCAACGCUCGUGCGUACCAGCUCGAGAUGUUUGAAGAGAGUCUGAAGCAAAAUAUCAUCGUUACUUCCAUCUGCAUCUUUGCGACUUAUACUGACGUCGAGGAGAUCGUAUGGUUUCUAGCCCCGACUGUCGCUCUCUGCGAACAACAGCUACGGGUUCUCCAAUCCCAGAUACCAGCUGCUCAGAUGAAGUCUCUUAGCGGUAAGGAUGGCGUUGACACCUGGUCGGAAACCAGAAUAUGGGACGACUACUUGAAGAACGUUCAUAUAGUUGUAUCCACCUAUCAAAUCCUGCUCGAUGCUGUUUCACACGCAUUCGUACGACUAGAUCAGCUUUCACUCAUAGUCUUCGAUGAAGCACACAACUGUACCGGAAAAUCUCCAGGAAGCAAGAUUAUGGAGCAUUACCGCAUAAACCAGGCGGCUGGCCUUCCAUGCCCGUGGAUCCUGGGCCUCACGGCAAGUCCGAUUAUGAGAUCAAGACUUGAGGCUAUUGAGCAGAUCGAGCGGACCCUAGAUGCUGUCUGCAAAAGCCCAAAUAUCCACCGAGCACAGUUGAUGUCCGCGGUGAAACGCCCAACCAUGUCAUGUAUUAGUUAUACAUUCCCGGAGACGGACCCGCUUACCAACAGUAUGAAGAGUCUAAUAGGCGUACUGCACAGCUUAGACAUCUUCAAAGAUCCUACCAUACUACGUUUGAAGACUCGAAACGACGAGCGUAGUCAGGUUGCUCUCGAAACACACCUGAUGAGGAGAGAUACGUAUGUCUCGAAGCAGAUGCAGUCCCUGUGCCGCAAAAGCGUGGAGAUUCGGAAGGAGCUUGGAUCAUGGGCGGCAGACUACUUCAUCAAUAUUGCUGUGAACCAAUUCCUACAUUCAGUCAGCCAGAACGACUUGUGGUUCGACACCUGGCAGACCGAGGAGAAACAGUACCUCGCACAAUACCUGAAGAAGGUCGAGAGAAUUUCACCUCAGCCACUCGAGGAGCACAUAUCGGACAUGUCUAGCAAGCUCACGGCUCUCAUACAAAAACUCUCAUCGGCAACGAAAGACACUGUUGGAAUCAUCUUCGUUCGCGAAACAGUUACUGUCGCCAUAUUGACGCAGAUGCUAUCGGGCCUUCAGACCAUAAGGAGUCGCUUCAGGAUCGGUUCUAUGGUUGGCACCAGCAACUACGGUGCACGCAAGCGAGACCUCGGCGAACUCAACCGAGACAAUAGCUUCCUAGAUCUGGAAGAUUUUCGGGCAGGUAGACUCAAUCUUCUGAUAGCCACGAGCGUACUCGAAGAGGGUAUUGACGUGCCGGCUUGUAACUUGGUCAUAUGUUUUGACAAGCCAGCCAACUUGAAGUCAUUCAUUCAGAGACGAGGACGAGCCAGGAUGCAAGAUUCGAGGCUUGUAUUGCUCUUGGAAGGAGCAUCAACCCAACAAGACGAGUGGAUCGCCCUGGAGAACGAGAUGAAGAAGCGAUACGAAGAUGACAUGAGGCAGGUCCAGAAACUUGCGGAGAUUGAGGAAUCCGACUCGUCUCCGGACAUCAGACCCCUAUAUAUACCACAGACGAACGCACGCCUCGACUUUGACCAAGCUAAGUCUCACCUAGAGCACUUCUGCAAUGUGGUUGCAUCGCGCCGCUACGACUCUCAGCCGUAUUAUCGCAUACAACAUAUGGCGGCCUCUGAGGACGGCCUCCGGCAAAUCAGAGCGACGGUUGUCCUCCCUGGGUUCUUACCCCCUACUCUCCGUCGGAUAGACAGCAGUGGGGUGUGGCAUUCAGAGAAGAACGCCUGCAAGGAUGCUGCUUUCCAAGCAUACAAGAGACUUCACGAAGAGGGAUUUGUCAACGACAAUCUGAUGCCGCUUAAUCGCGAGAUAAUGGAAGGAAUUGAGCCUCGAAACUCCAAAGAGGAAGUCAAUGGGCUUUGGGAUCCAUGGCAGCCAAUCGCCCACGCUUGGGGGAAACCUAAGGAGUUGAUACAGCGACCGCUACUCUUGAAGGACAAAGAGCAAAGAGUUAUAUGCGAGUACUACGCAACAUUACCAUGCCACUUUCCGAAACCUCCUCCCUUCAACGUCUUCUGGGAUGCGACAGAAACUUGGACAGUUGAAUUCAGGGAGGCCAUCGUCGUAUCGGAAGAAGACCUCAAAGCCGACCAGAGCACAGCUUUGCUUGAUCUAGCUUAUCGCCAUCGCCGCCGCCCCUUGAAAGACGUUCAGCAUGUUCUACAUAUCGAAUCAUCUGAUCAGAUCCCAUACCAGCAACUCGUUGGUCAACACAGUAUCGAAAAGGACUUACUUGGCACUAAUGCCCUGGUACGGAACCGUGGAGCACCUUUUCUCUUCAACGCAUGGAUGCCUUCCAAGCCUCUUGACUCAGCGCUACAUGUUUCAAGUAUGGUACGCGAUGAGCCAGCCGAUGUGCCUUGGUUACACCUCAAGAAAUGGCCAAGACGGGAAGACUUUCUCCAUCCCGUGCACUCUAAUCCCUCAACGGCAACAGUGUCCAAGCGAAGACACGUCCUAUGGCCAGCGCAUCAUUGCCGCUUGGACGGCGUUGGCGUGUCCAAAGUGCGCUUCGGAGCUCUUAUUCCGUCGAUCGUGCACAUGAUAGAGAUAAAUCUCAUAGCGCAUGAGCUCUGUAAUACCGUACUGAGAGACGUAGGCUUCUCCGAUAUCUCAUUGGUCGUCACAGCCCUUAGCUCACGCGCAGCUUCCGAGUCGACGGAUUACGAGAGGCUGGAGUUCCUCGGGGACUCGAUCCUGAAGUCGUUGGCAACAGCAUGUGUGACAGCCGAAUAUCCCGAUGACCCUGAAGGAUAUUUGUCUGCAAAGAAAGAUCGAAUCGUAUCGAACGGGAGGCUAUGUGAGUCUUGCAAAGACACGGGUUUAGACAAGUUUAUUCUCACCAAGGCGUUCACUGGUGCGAAAUGGGGGCCUCGGUACGUCGAAGACAUUGUUCAGAUCGGUUCGAACGCAACAAACAAGAGGAUGAUGUCAACGAAGACGCUAGCAGACGUUGUCGAAUCCCUGAUAGGCGCGGCGUUCGUGGAUGGUGGAAUGCCUAAAGCUCUGGCGUGCUUGCGAAUAUUCAUCCCGGACGUCAAUUGGCACAGUCUAAAUGAUGCCUGUAUCAUCCUGUACAACCAGAAGCAGAUGAGUUCACAGCUUCCGUCGAUCCUUUCUCCCCUGGAAGAGCUGCUCGGGUAUAAAUUCCGCAACAAGGCGUUGCUGCUCGAGGCUGUGACGCAUUUCUCGUUCGACCUCAGCACCUCAACAGAUUUUUCCAUGGAGCGGUUAGAGUUUUUGGGUGACGCAAUCCUCGACAGCAUCGCCGUAGCUUCUCUUUGGUCUCACGAACGAGAGUUCUCCAACCGGGAGAUGCAUCUGCUCCGAACCGCUGCGGUCAACGCCGACAUCCUUGGCUUCCUGGUGAUGGAAUGGACAAUCACACAGGAGGCAACGACCAUCACAGAAGAUAGAACCACCAUCACCUCCCAGACGAAAUUGCCUUUGUGGAAGUUUAUGCGGCAUACACGCCCCGAGGUCGCUACCAUACAGCGAGAUGCGGAAGAGAGGCACAAGGCCGAGAGAGAGGCGGUUCUCCACGCCUUGAAGCACGGAAUCGAGUACCCUUGGGCGCAGCUAGCUCACCUUCACAUCCCCAAGUUCUUCUCCGACAUGUUCGAGAGCCUGCUGGGCGCAGUGUGGGUGGAUUCCGGCUCUAUGGAGACCUGCACAGAGAUGGUCAACCGGGCCGGCAUCCUGCCUUGCCUACAGAGGUUCCUGAGGGACGGCGUCGAUGUCGUGCACCCGAAGAACAAGCUAGGAGAACUGGCGGCUAGGGGCCGCAAGAAGGUCAGGUACGAAGUUGAUGUCCGGGACUCUGACGGUGCUGCUAAGGAGCUGUGCUGUAAGGUGUUUGUGGGCGAGGAGCUCGUGGUCGAGGUUGGGGCUGGUGUUACCCCCGAGGAGGUUGUGACGAAGGCUGCGGAUGAGGCUUACAAGCUUCUCCGGGCCUCGGGGGCGGCUUCUGAUGAAGUUAUGAUGGAAUGA